AGAGAGUGAAAUAGCGGAAAGAGAUGAGAUUGGAGCACAAGAAGGGGAAGAAAGAGUGGUGCAGCCUCAGCAGCUAGAGGAAGAGAAGAAGAAGGGAAAACAAAGAGAUAAGCAAAGCAUAACAUAGCAGUCCCCCCUAAGAUCUCUCUGAUAAUUUUGAUAACAGGAAAAGAGGAUCUUUUGUGGAGAGAAUCAAAUUUGAGGGGUUGAAAAUAUCAAAUAUCAAAUUUCUCUCUCCGUGUCUGCGAAUUUGGGGUGCAGGUGAUUAUGGUUGUUGAUGAGAGGGUGUAGCUGAUUCGGCGGAAAGAGAGGAUUUUUGUUGUGGAAUGGACAGGAUUAGAGAAGCCAGAAGAAGCACUAUGGCCGCUAAUGGUUUAACCAGAAGAAGGCACAGAACUAACAGUCUCAGAGACUCACCAGAGGAAGAUGGAACGAUGGAGCUUCAAGAGCCAUCGAGGUUGCGAGAUCGAGGAGGGACUGGGAAAAAGGAUCGAGAUCGCGAGAGGGACAGGGACAGGGAGAGGGAGAGAGAUCGAUUGGGUCGGAGCAAGAAGAGAAGAGGAGAUAGGUUGAUGCAUAGCAGCAGAGAAGAUGGCGUAGAAGACACUUCGGAAGAGAGUAUCAACGAUGAAGAUGACGAUGACGACGAGGAUGGCGGCGGCGGCAGUGGUAGCGCCUCAGUCAGAAUGCUUCCGCUCAACCCCUCCUCGCUCUCCAACCACCAUCGGAAGAGCUUCCCUCCGGCGAAAGUUUUUAGACCAACGCCGCCGUCGACGUGGAAGGCCGCCGAUGAGAUGAUCGGAGUCUCCGUCCCGCGGAAAGCACGCUCCGCGUCUACGAAGAGGUCGCACGAAUGCUGGGCUUCGAGCGGCAGUGGAAUCGUUGCGGAGCAAAAUCACCGACAGCCGUCGACCUCCCCUGUGAGGGCGGGCUCGCCUUCCUCGUCUAACGCCUCGGUUAGAAAGAAGAUAAAGCAGAAUGGAGGAGCCAAGUUUCGACCACCCAAAACGACGACGUCGAAGCCGUCUUCUUCGGCGCAGGAAGAGAUCGAAAUAGAGAUCGCGGAAGUCUUGUACGGCAUGAUGAGACAGCCUCAGGGACCGUCGAAACAAGAAAUCAUCGCCAACGAAUCCUCUAAGUUUGAUUCCCGAGAACCCAAUAAAUCUUCCACCGAUGCAAAGUCACCGAUCUCCAACCCGCAAAAUUCGAGCUCUUCUGCCACACCCAUGUCUGCUGUUGCUCCGAAGAGGAAACGACCGCGACCGGUGAAGCACGAGGAUGAGAAUCCGUCGAGCUUGAGCGUCCGGAGCAGUCCCAUUUCGUCAACGACGAAGGCUGAGAGCGAUCAGCCUUCAAAGAUUGAAAACUUUUCUUCUAAUUUAGAUAAGAACGUUGGGUCCGUUACAGAGGCGAUCAAUCUGGUGAAUUCUCAAACGGUUCCGGCUUCGUCGGAGCCGGUGAAGCCAGAAACCAACGCUUCGUUGGAGUCUAAGCAGGCGACGGAGGAAGCGGAGAAGCAGAAAGACGUGGGGUUGAGUGAGGUGGUGGUGCCUCAGUCGCCCAAGAAGGAAUCUCCUAUACGACAAGUAGCAGAUGAUGACCGUGAAGAUGUGAAAGUGACUAAAGCGAAUCCAUCUAUAUCCGAGAGUGAAAAUCAGUGGGAGGAGAAGUUCCCGAUAGAUCUGAUGGCACCACCUCCUCCCUUGAGGUCUUCUCCGGAAAGGGAUGUGGAGAAUAAUUUGGUGGUUGACGCAGAAAAGGAAGCGAAGCCUAUGGUGAAGGAAGACGAGAAAGCACUGAGAAUGAACAAGGAAGAAGCAAUGGCUAUUGAAAUGGAGAAAGUGAAAGCAAAGGCCGAAGAAACUGAUUCACAGAGAGCGGGUCUUGUGCAGAAAGAAAGAGGAAUUGACUUGCAGCUUGAUUUGGAGAAAGCUGAAAGGGUGGAUCCAAUUGGCAAUGUCGGUAGCAUGGUUAACAAGAAGCAGCAACAUCAGAACGUUCAGAGGCAGCAGCAGCAAACAAAUUCAGAGAAAAAUGUUCAACCCAAUUCUCUGCCUCUACCGUUGUCUGUUCCCAGCUGGCCUGGCGGGCUUCCUCCCAUGGGCAGAUAUAUGACCCCUCUGCAAGGAGUGGUAUCCAUGGAUGGAACUACCGUGACAUCUGCAGCUAUACCACCUCCUCAUGUUCUUUUUAAUCAGCCUCGGCCGAAAAGGUGUGCAACCCACUGCUACAUUGCUCGGAAUAUAUUGUAUCACCAGCAAAUUGCAAGGAUGAAUCCAUUCUGGCCAGCAGCAGCAGGUUCUGCAUCGCUGUAUGGCGCCAAGCCUAGCAAUCUUAAUGUUGUGCCCUCCACAGAGUUGCACGGCAAUGUCUCCGCCAGGGCUACAAAUUCUUCUCAGGAGAAAGGGCACGGUAUUUCGAUGUUUACAGGACAUAUGCAGAAGGAUAAAGCCUCUCAACCUGCCAAUGUGGAUAAUUCAUCAAGAAAGCAAAUUUUGCUACAGCAAGCUCUACCCCCAGGAGCACCUAGUAAUAUCUUGCAUGGCCCUGCUUUCAUAUUCCCACUGAAUCAGCAGCAAGCGGCCGCCGCUGCAUCUGUUAGGCCUGGAUCUGUGAAGUCAUUGCCAGUUUCAAGCAAUGGAACACCAUCCAGUGUCUCCAAUUCGGCCCCUCCUAAUGCUUCUGGCACAGGUGCUGCUGCUGCGGCUGCCCCAACAAUGAGUUUCAGCUAUCCAAAUAUGCCUGGCAAUGAAACUCCGUACUUGGCCAUUCUGCAGAAUAAUGCUUACUCAUUUCCUAUUCCAGCACAUGUUGGUGGUCCACCUGGGUACCGUGGGACUCCCCAUGCCCAGGCCUUUCCAUUCUUCAAUGGCUCAUUCUAUUCUUCUCAAAUGAUACAUCCUUCACAGAUUCAGCAGCAGCAAAUUCCUGCUCAGUCACAGCAGAACCAACAGGUCCAUCAAAAUACCAGUAUGUCUAGUGGAUCCUCCUCUUCUCAGAAGCAGCAUGCCCAAAAUCAACAACAGAAGCCUAAUAAUAAUGCUACUGGAUCCAAUGGGGUCGGAAGCUUGCAAGGCUUUCCUGUCUCCAAAAACCCACCAUCACAGCCACUACAGUUGCAGCAGCAACCUCAGCAGAGGCCGAAUCAUCACACUUCUCAUCCAGCUCGCCAAAUUGAGUAUGAGAUGGGCGGUGAAGACAGUCCAUCCACUGCUGACAGUCGUCUCACUCGUGCUACCAUGAAUAUUUAUGGGCAAAAUUUUGCAAUGCCUAUGCAGACGCCGAACUUUGCUUUGAUGACACCUGCCUCAAUAAGUGGUGCAGGUUCCAAUGGUGGUCACGCUGAGAAAAAGCAAGCUCAACAACACCCUGGUCCAAAGGCUGGAGGUGAAACAGCUCCUGCGUUUGCCAUGUCAUUUGCACCCAUCAAUGGAGCUUCUGGCGCCCCCGGUCUUGACCUCUCAUCUAUCGCACAAAAUCAUUCAAUCAUGCAGAGCAAUCAUAAUUAUCAUAUAAUGGCAGCUGCACAAGCUGCCAGUGCCCAGUUGAAGAAAAAUUAUCAUACCGCUGAGGAAGGGAAAAAUGUUAAUUCUUCUAAUAAUAUAGACGAAGAGAGAAAAGCAAUGUCCGGGAAAAUUCCAGCAACAAUGGGGCAAUCCAUCGCAUUCGGAAGGCCAGACGUAACUGAUCCUUCACUGGCGUCAAUAUCCGGUGGCAACAAUGUCAUUGAUACCUCUGGUCGCAACCUCAACAUCGGUUCUGCUUCUUCCCGGGCCUCUGCUUCUGUUAUGCCUGCUGCCAUCAGCACAAAUGCAGCCACUACUCAGCAACAGAUGCAGCGAAAUCAGCAGCAAAUUCUUCAGCAUCAGAAGCAGAGCCAAUUUGCAGCUGCCGCUGCAGCCACCGCUCGCACCAAGACCCCAUCAAGCAAUGGCAAUGUGUACUCUGAUAACCUCCCUUCUACAUCUUCAAUGGCAACCAAGUUUCCUAAUGCGGUAUCGGCGUUUCCUCAGAGCAGCAGCGCCGUGGGUCAUUCCACUCAGUGGAAGAACAAUGUAAGGGCAACAACCACUUCGCAGUCACCUCCAUCCAUGGCUUCAACUACACCAGCGUCGUCAGUCAAAAAUCUUCCACAGCAGCAGGCUCGUUCCCAGCAACCUCAUACCCAAAUUUCUUUUGCAACAAAUCCCAAAUCAUCCACAGCACAAGUGCAACCUGCAAGUUCCACCCAGUCCCCAUCUCCCCCAGUCAUGGUUGGUUCACCAACCACUUCUUCAAUGUCCAAAAACACUGGUAGCCCAAGGACAACUUCUGCUUCAACAGCCAGCAAUAAGAUAAGCCAAAGUUCUUCCUUGUCCUCCCAGCAAGCCAAGAACACUGCUGUGCCUGCUCGAAAAUCGUCACCUGUUGGUGGCAGGAAUGUGCCGUCAAUACUGAAUGUCCCUCAGCUAACUCCCUCUUCCAGCACUGGGAGUAAAUCCCAACUGCCACAGCAGCAGCAAAAGCAGCAGCAGCAGAUAUCAAAGCAAGCAUUGCCACAGGCCCAACUUUUCUUCUCAAAUCCUUACGUGCAUUCACAAUCCAACAGCUCCACUUCCAGCACCACUGUUCCAAGUAAUUAUUAUCUGCCACGGCGUGGCCCUGAGCAGAUGCAGCGAUCGGGUUCUUCCGGCAAUUCCCCUGCCGCAAACAAUGUGAAAGGCAGCAGUGCCUUGCCUACACAGGGGCUUUUGCAUCCCGCACAGUUUGCUGCAAUGCAACCCUCUGGGAGCCACCCUCAGUUUGUUCCUACUGGCUUUUCUUAUGCUCAUGUUCAUUCUGUGCCCUCGGUUCAAGUGAAGCCAGCGGAGCAGAAACAACCUGCGGGUGAGUAGAGAAUGAUAUAUCCAUUGGUUGCUCACCCCUGUGCUUGCGGGGAUCAAAGAAGAAAACCAGCUUGAGUGAAUCAUGUGAAUUGGCAUAUGAUUUUGAAGUGAAAGAAGGGGUCGUCUCCAUGGUGGGGGGAAGUGUUAUGCUGAUGCAGCUUUGAGCAGAAGUGGAAGGAGCUGGCUGGAAGAUAGAGAAUGAAUUGGAUUGGUAAAAAUUUUGGAUGGGGAAAUCGACCAGACCAUUGAUGUGCCCGAAUUGUGUUUAGUAAUUUGUUUGUGCCCUUGUGUUUAUAAUCUGACAAGGUUGAUGGUGAAGUCUAAUCAAAAUUCGAUUGGUUUUUUAUAAGAAUGUGGUUGAUAUGGUGGGGGAAAAAAGAUGGAGGAAAGGAAGGGAAAGAACCACCUUUUCUUCUUUUGGGGAUGUAAUGGAGUUUACCUACAUGUUCUUUCUCCUCUUUUUCUUUUUCUUUUAUUUUUUAUUGUCUUCUAGGGCUACUAGAGCAGCAAACAUCUUUUUGACAAAGUGUAUGUGGGGGAAGGAUGAAUAUGUACGUGGGUGGCUGAUCAUAUAUAUUAUAGUAACCCUCAAUUUAUUUUUUUAAUUUAUAGAUGAAAAACAUGAUUUCCCUGA